AUGCCGUCGUCCUCACUUGGCGCCCUCUCCGCAGGGGAACGGCCAGAGGUUCACAGAGAAGCUGAAAGGACUGUCGAGGUACAGCCUGGAGGAGCAGCAGGGAGGGAGGAACGGAGACUCGAAGGAAGAGACGAAGACGAAGGGCCAUUCGUGAAGAAGAAGAGAAUCGGGGAGAAUGCCAAUGCAUAUCUGGCAACGGGAGGAACCUCUCAACUCUCGUCGCCGUCACUCAAUCUACCUGAUUCAUCUCCGAUGUCGGCUGCAGCAUCUGUGCAGUUGCCUUCCACUUCUUCCUUCUCUUCUUUCGCUUCUUCUCUUUCUACGUCUUCUUCUUCCUCUUCGUCUUCUUCCUCUUCGUCUUCCUCUUCGUCUGCUUCCUCGGCGUCUCGGCUGAGCCCAAACUUGUCCGCGGCGGCGGACCUGUGCAUCUGCGAAAACUUCGAGAGCGAAGACGGAAUGGACGUUCGCUUUCCUCUUCGAGCGGUGGAGCAGCAUUUUCGUUGUCGCCUGUGCUCGGGAUACUUUCGAGAAGCUGUGACCAUCAAGGACUGUCUGCACUCCUUCUGCAAGUGGUGUCUCUUGGCGCGCGCCGAGAAGGGUGAACUCGAGGAGACAUGUUGUCCCCGAUGUGAGGAGAAGUUGACUCAUGGCCUUUGUCACCACAACGACAUCGACGUCCGGCGCGCCUUGCCGCGCGUGUCUGCGGCGGCUGCGGCGGAGGCGGGCGGAAGCGCGGGGGCGUCUGUCGCCGCGGGUGUGGGGUCCGUGGGGUCUGUCUCCUCGAGUGUCUCCUCGCCAGCGUCUGGAGGGCCGCCGACGCAGGCGCCAGUGCUCUUUGAUCGGUCCCUGCAGAAUCUGAUCGACAAGCUUUUUCCACGCUUCGCUCGCGAAGAAGCUCUCGAGCGAGAGGAGCUCAGGCGCUUCCUCGCCGGCGAACGGCCGUACAGCCUCCUCGAAGCCGAAGAGACGACGGCGCAAGUCGGCGGCGCAAGUCCCGGCACAGGGUCUCAGCGCUGCCUGCUAGGCGGGAGCGCAGGCGGGCAGAAGGAAACGGAGACAUGCGCUUGGUCGAGUGUCUCCUCCGCGGCAACUCCGAGACAGGGCGCGGCUGCAGGGUCGUCUCCGACCGUCGGUGUGCUCCCCACACUGGAUAGCUCCGGUCUGUCCUCUUCGGAGACAGCACCGGCGGCUGCGCAGACGCAAGAGGUUCUGCCGGCGACUGCGCCGUCGAGGGAAGAGUUCUUGGAGGAACUGGUGAAGGGGAGACUCGCUCUGUUUGACGACGAAGAGACGCUCGCCGUCGCGCUGGUGCCUGACCAGGCUCAGGCCCUCGCGCUGCUCUCUCAGCUCAGUUCGCAGGAGGGCGGAAAGAGGAGGGACUGUGGGGAAGGUGAGAGGCCGCAAGAGGGAGGAGUCGAGACUCCGCAGACAGAUAUGAGGACGCCCAGCAGAAAGAAAGGGGAAGGAGAAGGUGGAAAAGAAGACGCAGAACGAAAGGAUCGGCUCGACAAGAACGAGAAGCAUGUCUUCUCGUCAAUCGACGACAUCAGGCGGAAACUCGGAAAUGCACGCAGAGAAGCCAUCAAACGAAGACACUGUUCUUCUUCGGUACCUUCUUCUCUGUGGCCGCUGUGUCUCCCAGCGCUGGAUCAGCCGUACUUGCGCGUGGACAAGAGGAUGCCGGUGAUGCAUCUUCUGCGAUACCUCGCGGCUCGUCUGCUUCCUGUCUUUGCAUCCGGAGACGCAGAAGAGGGUGAUCGCGAACGCGCGCGGAUGACAGAGACACCAGAGACACCGAGGACCUCUGGACCGACGGGCGCCUCCUCUGGAGGUGGAAGAGUCGAGGCCGAGACAGGGCGACCGAGCGGGGGCGAGGCGUCGGCGACAGACGCGCGGUCGCCGUCCUCGUCCUCGUCUCAACAGGUUGAUGCGUCUGUCUCUUCGCCUGACGGAGUCUCCGCUGACUCUGUCGCUUCGGCGUCGGCGGCGUCGAGAGCCUCUCACCCUCCGGCGCGCUUCGAGCCAGUGUCGCGGAGUCUUUUGGCCGAGCUGGAGAGCUCGCUGGAACUCACCCUCGAGGGUCGGGUGCUGGGCAGGAACCACACGCUUCAGUUUGUAUGCAAGGCUCACCGCCUGGCCUUCUGCGGACGGUGUCUCCUCCUCGCGUAUCAGUGGACUGCGCAGGCCGAAGGCAAGCGCAUGCACCACGCGGUCGAGUUGCUGAAGCAAACGUGAUGGAGCGUCUCGACAUGCGGACAGAGGAGCAGGCGGGGACGAACAGGACAAGAACGAGACGCGAGAGAAGAGAAAGGAGAGAAAGAAGAGAAAGAAGAAGAGAGAGAAGCCAAAGGAGAAGACAGAUAAAACGGCGGAUAAGACGAAAUGAGUUGAGACGGAGAGAAACGGCUACGUGUGUGUCUUCUUCGCCAAAGACCACUGGGUCGCUGCUGCGGAAGAAUCGAAGGGGCUUGGCAGUAGCCC